CAUUACUUACACACACCACCAUAUGUACAUGUACUCCACAGCAGUACAGUCGCUUGCACUCCUUACUACACUGCUCGCCGCGGCCCUGAGCAGCACGGCCACUGCAGCACCUCAAGCCACCACUCCUGUAUCCUGCCAUUGUCGGUGUUUGCCCUUCCAGCCAUGCUGGCCAAACGAAUCCACCUGGUCAACACUUGACCAAGCCGUUGGUGGCCGACUGAUCGCCACCAAGCCGGCUGCCUACGCUUGUCACGAUCCUCAUUUCGACAGCGCCACAUGUCAGGAGAUCCAAAAGGGCUAUUACUUCGACUACUGGAGACAGCGCCAGCCUGGCGCCGUACAGCAGACCAACUGGGAGGUCCUUGAUGGCAAGGCCUGUCUCGGUUUCAAUCAGACCGCUCCCUGUGACCAGGGGGCUGUUCCCUUGUACACCGUCAACGCCACUAGUAUUGAGGACAUCCAGAAUACGGUUCGGUUUGCCGUCAAACACAAUAUCCGUCUUGUCAUCAAGAACACUGGGCACGACUAUCUCGGGCGCAGUAUCGGAGCAUCGUCCCUCAACCUCUGGGUUUACUAUAUGAAGAGCAUCGCCUUUGACGACAAUUUUGUGCCAGACGGAGCUGCAAAUGGAACCAGCAGCAAUGGUGCCGUCAUCCUUGGUUCAGGAGUUCUGUGGAAGGAUGUCUACAAAGCCGCAGACGAACACAACGUUAUUGUCGUUGGUGGUGCUGAGGGAACAGUGGGAGCCAGCGGUGGUUUCUGCCAGGGCGGAGGACACAGCCCUAUAUCGCCUCGUCAUGGUCUCUGCGUCGAUAAUGUUCUUCAGUACAAGGUCGUCACUGCUGAUGGAGACCUUAAAGUUGCCAACGUCUAUCAAAAUAAGGAUCUCUUCUGGGCACUCCGUGGAGGCGGAGGUGCAACUUUUGGUGUGGUUGUCGAAGCUGUCUACAAGACCCAUUCUCCGUUCAAAAACAUUAACCAGGCAACGUACCAGCUACUUUUCAACGGAACAGAGACCGCUCGCAAGGUCCUUAGCCGAUUCCUCUCUCAUCAGGUCGAGUGGUCCGAGACUGGAUGGUCAGGAUACUCCUAUUUCCUGCGCGACGUCAUGCUCGUGUCUUACUACCUGCCAGACGCCAACAUCACGACUGCCGAGAACAGCUUGUCGCCGUUCCUUAAAUAUGUUGAAUCCCUCGGUAAUGUGAAAAUCAACGGCACCGUCUACAGUUUCCCCACCUUCUGGUCAUGUUUCCAAGCGGGCUCCGCCGCUACCUCGAACGACACCAAUGCUGGAACCAACACACUUCUCGGCUCGCGUCUUAUCCCUCGUCGCAACUUCGAGUCCUCCAAAGGCAUCAGUCAGCUCACAGACGCACUUAUCAACAUCCAAGGCGAUCUCUUGAAUUAUGGCAACCCCCUCGGUGUGCUUAUUACCCAUUUGGUUGCUGGGGGACAGGUCACUAAGGGUACCUCUGCUGAAACCUCUGUACUCCCAGCGUGGCGCAAGGCCCUGAUACAUAUUGCAGUGGGGGUAGGAUGGGAGAACACGACUCCCCUGGCGGAACAAAAGCUCGUGGCCCGCAAACUGACAGAGGCAACCCAGCGUUUGCGAGAUAUUACUCCAGGGUCGGGUGCAUACUUCAAUGAGGCCGACGCAAACGAGCCCAACUGGCAAAAGAAUUUCUUUGGAUCGAAUUAUGCUCGUCUCAAGGUCAUUAAGGACAAAGUCGAUCCCGCUGGACUGUUUGUAUGCAGAAAUUGUGUCGGUAGCGAGGAUUGGAGCCAGGAUUUUAUAUGCCCUCGGCGUCAAUAGAUAGAGAUACCGGAAGGUAUUUAUUUGAACUACACAUACGACAUACUGCAAUAAACAACGCGAAUCAUGGUCAAUGAAACCUUGUUCACUUCUUUGCUGGGGUGAGCAGGAAGAAAUUGCAGAUUGAGC